GUUUCUAUAAGAUUUAUUCUCGCUGGUUUCGGACUGUCCGAUAAAACCACCAAGCGGUUGCUGGCUCUCAAAUGACCGCACAGUCAAUGGCGAUACUGCCAUGACGAUUAUUGAGUGACAACUAUCGAUGGUGGCCACUAUCGAUGUUUCGCCCAACCCUACAGCAAUGUAACAAAGUUGACCGGGAUCUAAGUUCGUACUGAGGCGCCAAAAAAUGGACUUAAAAACGUGUGAUCUUUGCGGGAAAAGCAGCUCCAGUGAUCAGUAUGAUACUUUGGCAUAUGGCGAUUGGAUGACUAGCCAGAAGCUAAGCGUCCACUACUACUGCUUGCUUUUAUCCACAGAUCUGCCCCAGCGCGGUGCCGACUCGAGCGGCAUUCUGGGCUUCCUGCUGCGCGACAUACGCCGGGCAGUCGCCGCCGCCAAGAAACAAAUUUGUUGCUACUGCAAUGCGACGGGCGCCUCAAUAUCGUGCCACAAAUGCUGCAGACGCUUCCACUUGACCUGCUCCCUAAACAAUCGCGGCAGCACCGAGUUCUCUGGCGAGUUUCCCAGCUACUGCGAGGAUUGCGCACCACUGGACGACUACCAGCGCCACCUGUUGGCCAAUCCACCAAAGAAUAAAAUCUGCGACAUAUGCUUCGAGCCCAUUGAUCCGUUCAAUCUGUACAGAGUCUGCUAUGGAGACUGCUGCCGCAUGGGCUUCGCCCAUCGUAAGUGCAUGCGUGGGUAUGCCCUGGCCGCUGGCUACUAUCUGCGCUGCAUCUGGUGCCGCGACGACAAGUUCCGCGACCUCAUACGCAAGCAAUCGAUCUUCGUGCCGGACAGCGAUGCCACCUGGGAGCGGCAGCACAACGCCUACGAGGAGCUGCACCGCAAGCACAUGCGCUGCGACCAGGAAACAUGUCUCUGCCCCCACGGACGGGACUACAACAAGCACAGCUGGAUCAUAUGUCCCUGCAAGCUGUGUGCCUCAACCGGCGCACACCUCAAGUGUGUGGCGGGCAUAGCAAAGAAUUCGCAUGGCUCCGAGCUGGAAGACUUCACUUGCGAGUUCUGCCGGAAUGUGGAGAAAAAGAGUCUGCUGAAUAAUCGUUCAGCGGAGAAGGGACAAAUCGAUAUAUCCCUCUAUGUGCCCAAAACCCCACACGAUCCGUCCAUGCAGUCGAACACCAACGUGCUGCCAAUUUUCUCCGAAGAGGAGAACUCUAAAGUUUCAAAUGGCAGCGUCAUAACGGUGAUUGCAACCCAGCAGACAUCUGCCGGAGCCACUCACGAAGCUACAAAUAUACACGAUUUAGUGGAAGAAACGAGCAAAUUGGCCGUAAAUAACGUGGAAGAAGAGAUUAACGUGAUUCCUGAUUCUCCAUUGGCAUCGCAGCUGGAUCAGGAGUCUUUACCAGCACCAGUUCCUGGCUCAGUUCAAAAUGUUGCUGGCAACAUGAUGACAAUGACGGCAUCCCAGCAAACAUCCACCAGACAUGGUGCCACUAAGAAAAAGCAAACGCCCAAAUUGCCCAAAGUGAUCCCUGACGUUCAGUCUGUUCAGGAGGAAUCUUCACCAGGUCUGGUUGUAGCAAAGACCUUUACCUGCCCCGGCGAGCCAUUCUUCUAUGUGGUUGUCCUCACGUUUGAUGAGCAUCACCCGAACAUUUGCACUGGCUCCUGCACCCUUCGCUUUGCCGCCAAUGACCCUAGGCUCAAGGAUCGUUCUCUCGAGACCUUACAAAACCUACAGAUCAAUAGAGAAGACCUAUGGUCACGAUCCACAGAUCGCGGCGUGCUUGCCCAAGUCCAUGGAAAUUAAUUCGAUUUGUUUGUU